CGGUGGAGACCCAGAGUACAAGUUCUGAGGAGAUGGUGCCCAGCUCCCCUUCUCCACCCCCACCCCCACGUGUCUACAAGCCUUGUUUUGUCUGCAAUGACAAGUCCUCUGGCUACCAUUAUGGGGUCAGCUCCUGCGAGGGCUGCAAGGGUUUCUUUCGCCGAAGUAUUCAGAAAAACAUGGUCUACACCUGCCACCGGGACAAGAACUGUCAGAUUAACAAGGUUACUCGCAACCGCUGCCAGUAUUGUCGCUUACAGAAGUGCUUUGAGGUUGGCAUGUCCAAAGAAGCUGUGAGGAAUGACCGCAAUAAGAAGAAAAAGGAUGUGAAAGAGGAAGUGGUGGUGGACAGCUAUGAAAUGACACCUGAACUGGAAGAGCUCAUCCAGAAGGUCAGCAAAGCGCAUCAGGAAACCUUCCCAUCUCUUUGCCAGUUGGGCAAAUAUACCACGAACUCCAGUGCUGAUCACAGAGUACAGCUGGACCUGGGGCUAUGGGACAAAUUCAGCGAACUGGCUACCAAAUGCAUCAUCAAGAUAGUAGAGUUUGCCAAACGCCUGCCAGGCUUCACCACCCUCAGCAUUGCUGACCAAAUUACUUUGCUCAAGGCAGCGUGCUUGGACAUCCUGAUGCUCCGUAUUUGUAUCCGCUACACCCCAGAGCAGGACACAAUGACUUUCUCAGAUGGGCUGACCUUGAACCGUACCCAGAUGCAUAAUGCUGGCUUUGGGCCCCUCACUGAUUUGGUUUUUGCCUUUGCUGGGCAAUUGCUUCCUCUCGAAAUGGAUGACACUGAGACAGGCCUGCUCAGCGCGAUCUGCCUUAUCUGUGGAGAUCGAAUGGACCUGGAAGAGCCAGAAAAGGUGGAUAAAUUGCAGGAACCGUUGCUGGAAGCAUUGAAGAUCUACGCACGCCGACGUCGGCCCAACAAGCCUUACAUGUUCCCCCGCAUGCUGAUGAAAAUUACUGACCUGCGGGGGAUCAGUACUAAAGGUGCUGAACGGGCCAUCACCUUGAAGAUGGAGAUCCCUGGUCCCAUGCCACCACUCAUCCGAGAGAUGCUGGAAAACCCUGAAAUGUUUGAAGAUGAGCUGUCACAACCUCCAACUUCAGCAGAAGCCCCGAGCACUGAGGAGAGCCCUGCUGACACCAAAAGCCAAGAGGAGGCCCCCUAGCACCUCAAGAAAGCCAGGAUCUAGGCUGAGAAAGGCUGGGAGAAGACUCUUUUCCGUGUCUCGCCUCUGCCUUCCCACGGCCCAUUUCCUCCAGGACACAGUGGUAGGCUUGCCUUUCCUGCUCUUGGCUCAUCCGCCAGAGUCAGGCAUCAGGACAGCGCUCAAGAUCAGCUAGGAGGCAGCCGCGGCCCAUUCCCCUCUCCUCCUCUGUGUUUGGUGACGUGGGCUGGAUGCCUCUUGCCUUAAUCUUUUCCUUUGGGGCCUUGGAUGUUUGUUCAGAAGCCUUUUCUCCCAACCCCAGAGCUUUGCCAAAGUCCCCAGGUUGCCUGUCCAGUUGAGUCAAGCAGCUUCAAGCCAAAUGUUCAGAACCUGGGAAACCCCAAAGGGGCUUCGACUUGGAGACUCUCCUUUUCAAAAUGGGAUGAGCUCCAGAUGUGCAAUUUCCCUCCUCAUAAACUGGCCUCUGAGAAAAGGGGCACCCCGAGAGCCAACAGAGACUCCGUAACGAGUGGUUCUCGGUUCCUCCCUUUAACCCGGUCUGAAAUCCACUUCACCCUUCUGCCUUGCAAGCCAGGAACCCAGGCACCUGGGAUGCUAUUUAUUCAAGAAAUCUGAAGACCAGCAGAAGGACAUACAGCCCUUCCUCUCCCCAUUGCACACCAGAGACCUUGGACCAAUAAUGUUGGGGAAUGGAGAAGACAAAGGCAGGACUUCUACGCACUCAUCCCUAGACGCGUCGUCUUUAGGGUGUGCUUGUAUUAAUAUCCAUCUCUGGUGGAUUCCGGCAGGCUAUGCGAAUUCUUGGGGAGGGAGGGGCUUCUUUUGGUUAGCUUUAUAAAGUGCUAAUGUGUUAUUAUCGCAGGGCAGAGAGCCGAUCCCAUAGUGGGAUUAAGGGAGGGGCAGUGGUCCUUCCUACUGCCUUCCCCAUCCCCGGUCAGAGGUAUAGCAGGGUUGGGGUGGGGGUGGGGGUUGUACCUGUUGCUUGGGACGCUUAUGACCCCGGUGCUAAGAAUUCUGGGAAACAGACCCCAAAGGACACUAGAUACCAAAGAUAUCACGAAAACGGGGGCGGUGUGGGGUGCAGAGUUACAGACUUGAACCUGUUUGCUGUCCCUCAGGGCCCCCUUCCGCCCCUGCCAAGGAGAAGUCAGUCGCCCUCUAGGGAAAGCAAGCCCUGAGGAUGGUCACGGCUUGCCGUAACUUGCCUUUACUUCUCUUUCUGCAGCACUUUGAUGGAGCAGGGGGACCACUUCUGCUCCAGGAAGCUUGAUUCCCCUCCCCCAGGCCUAGAGGAGCCAUUUUUGCUCCCCUCACACAAUUCCAGGGACAGAACACAAGCCCAGCAAAUGCUCUUCCUUAUCGCUAGAGGGCAAAAGUCUCCCAAAAGACUCCCCCACCCCCCUGCCCCAGCAAUAGAAAUUUGUAAAAACCCAAACACUACAAAGGUGGGGGGGGCAGGAGUUGUUACGUCAUGUUACUGCCCUUUGCUUAACGUUUUGCCAUGACCAGCUGCUCUUCUGUCUCGGCCUACUCCUCUGCGAAGCCUUCAUUGCAGAGAAGAGGGGAGGGGGCUUUGCCUGUGGGAGAGGGUGCAGGGCGGAAUCGGUUGGCCUUCCUUCGUUGCUCCCUCCGCAGCCAAAGAUGCUGCUUUUCCUUACUGGCCAUGAGCAGGGCAACACUUUAGGAAGUUUUAUUUAUUUACUUAUGUUUACACCAGGGAAUGGGUAAUAAAGGGAGUUAGAUCUUGGCCCUUCCCCCUGCAGAGCAAGUGAUGACAGACUACAGUGCACCAAGGAACAGAGCCUCUGCUGAAUGGUCUUGGUUUUUCCUCGAAAAUAAGCUGUCAAAAUAAAUACCCCGGGCCUUAAAAUGGGGUCUGUUUGUGGUGGGGUGGGAUAGAGAAAAAGAAAAGGGUGAGGCCCUUCUUUGAUGUUUACAUAACCAGCUUUCCAUGGUAUUUUAGAGGACUCUCUCCUGCCCCUGCACUCCCAGCUGUGCCGCAGAA